AUUCGACGAAACCCAAGAAACAUUUGCAGAGCUUCGGCGCCGCAGAUUGCGAAGAUAGCAUCUUGCGGGGGGUGGACAAGAUGAGACGUCUUUUUAGGUUACUUUGUUUCUUCUUCUUUUUUGCUUCCAUCGCCUUUUUACGCUUUUCUUUGCGCAUUUUGAUAUCCUGUAUAAUAAUUAAUUGGCACAUGACGGGGGGAAACCGUCCCGCUCACAGAAGAUGGAAUGUGGGCACAUUUACUUUCACACAAACACACAAACGAAGCACACGCGUGCCCCAAUCGUCUACGAGAAAAACAGCGAUCGUGAAUCGAGGCAAAGCAGUUUUAGGGCAGGCGAGGAACGAGAAGCGCCAUUAUGACAAGCGCCACGAGAAGGUGGACGAAAAAGCGUUUGUUUCCCCCAGCGUGUCUGGCGAUGAGGAAAAGAAAUAACCAUUAAUUCAACAAAAUUUUGCUAUUUACAUAUGCUGGACAGGAGUGAUUUAGUUGUCCAAGAUAAAGAUGAU